CUCAGUUUUUUCUUAAUGCAAUGAAGCCGGUUGUUAAUGACAUAUAUAAUAGAGGUUAGGUGAUGAGCACUGAACAAACCAAGUCGAUAGAAGUCCUCUUGUUGUAAAACGACGUCACAUAACAUCAGACCUUCAGAUGGCAUGGGGAAACAUUUACAGAAGACGCAUGAAAGUACUCAAGAUGGCCUUGAAGAUUUUCCUGGACUACAAGGGUGUCCAGGUGAAAGAGAAAUGGACCAAAAAGUCUGAAAGAGGUGAAUUAUGGGAGAAGGCACAUAAGCGAAAUGCUCGGAGGGUUGUGAAUUUGAUGGUAGAGUUGAGCGGCUUAUGGGUGAAAAUUGGACAGUACUUAUCAGCACGUGCUGAUGUGCUUCCAGCGGAGUACAUUUCUCAACUCAAAAUGCUUCAGGACUCGCUUCCUCCUCGCCCUUUACUUGAGGUGAUUCUUCUUCUACCUGCCAACUCUGUGUAUUACAAUAUUAUGGAAAUCUAA